AUGGACUGCAACUGCGUCAGCGAUCUGCUGCUCCCUCCGGUACCCGCGCUUUGGACGCCAGGGUUCGCCUUUCCGGACUGGGCCUACAAGCCCGAAUCAAGCCCGGGCUCGCGGCAGAUCCAGCUGUGGCACUUCAUCCUGGAGCUGCUGCAGAAGGAGGAGUACCAGGGAGUGAUCGCGUGGCAGGGCGACUACGGCGAGUUCGUCAUCAAGGACCCCGACGAGGUGGCCCGACUGUGGGGUAUUAGGAAGUGUAAACCGCACAUGAACUACGACAAACUCAGCCGAGCAUUGAGGUAUUACUACAACAAACGCAUUUUGCACAAAACCAAAGGCAAGCGCUUCACGUACAAGUUCAACUUCAGCAAGGUGGUACUGGUCAACUACCCCAUCCUGGACAUGGCCAACUCGCCCUUCUUCCUGGCCCAGAACCACUUCAACGGAGGCUCCGGCGCACCCGACUGCACUCCCGAGGCCAUCCAGUCCCUGUUUCCUCGCCUGCCCGACUCGGGCCGAGCAUCGUCCCUGUUUGAUCGGGGCAGCGCAGCGCCGGGGCCCGAGGGAGACAAGCUGCGACUGGACACCUUUCCUUUCCUCGGUUCAGGUGGCCCCUGCUACACCAAACCGCCAUCCCUGCUGGGAGCGUACCCCCGCAGCCCACCCUUCGACUACCCGUGGGGCUUUAACCCCUACCUGCCGGGGGCCUUCUCCCUCAACAACUGCCCCAAACUGCCCCCUGGCUCCCUCUACCCCUCCCAGUUCUACCCCGGCCCAUUGCCCGGUGGCCUCUCUCAGCUGCCCCACCCUUUCUCCAACCUGCUGCCCCCAGGGGAGGCCGGCGGGGGUGGCGCCAACAGUGCAGCGGCGGCGGUGUCAGCAGGGGGACGACCCGGGCCUCUCCCCUACCAGGGUGGUCUGUCGCUGGGCCGCGCUGAGCUGGGCAACCCUCUGCUGGGCGGGGAGCGCGCCCGGGCCACGCCCCCCAGCCUGGGCCCGGGGCGCCAGAGCCCCACAGAAAGGCGGGGCGGCAUCAAGCGUGACGCUGAGUCGGACUCGGAUCUGGAGAUCACCGACCUGAGUGACUGCAGCUCAGAUAACGAGCAUGAUUUUGCUGUUGCCAAAGACGCCGCGUCGGGGGGGAAGAAGCCGAGGACGGUGGCGGUCUUGCCCCUGCCGCCCAUUUCCUCCCUGCCGCCGCCCGUGUCCACCCACCCUCUCAAGGGCCUGAUGCCCCUCACACCGCCACCGCCGCCCACCAUUUUGCAUGAGCACCACAGGGAGGCAGAGACCCUCAAAAUGAUCCAUAGCUAAUACUUCAGUUUUGAUUGCUUUGCUUUUCUGUCCUUUUGUCCACGUCCUCAACAUCAGACAUUUCCCCAAAAUUUACAGCAUAAAACUUAACUUCCCAGGGCCAUUUCAAUCUUCAAAUCUACAUGAAUGGCCUCGACUUGUUUCCUGUGCUUGAAUCAACGUUCACAAAGACACGGGCAAAUACUGCCCCCUGAUGGUGGAUUCAGUGGAAUGUUGUUCAAAUGACUUUCGUAGCUUGAAAUGGUUGCUUCUGUUUCUGGUUGCUGUUUUUGUUUUUUUUGUUUUUAUUUUGGUACAUUUCUGGUAGUGUGACAACGUUUUGCUUUUGAAUUCAAUUCCAAAAUCUUUCAUAUCAUAUGUUUUUAGUAUUUGAUAAGUUAUUUGUUUAUUUUGGUCUUGGGUUCUAUUGUGUCUUCAGGUAUUUAAAAUGACUUUGUCCCUAGGUGUGAGUGCGAGUGCGUAUAACCCCCCAAAAUGUUUAACAUUAUUGUAUUAUUUAGGGUUAAUAUCAUGUUCACCACGUUAAUGGAAAACAUUCGUCUUGUAUUUUAUUUCUUAAUAUAGUUCAAGUUGAUUUCACACAAAUUUAUAAUGAUGUCUUUUGGUUUGCCAAAUUAUUUUAUUGGAAGCUGCAUUGAAAAUGUAAAUUUUAUAUUCUUGCACAUUCUGAGGGAGGAACAAAGUAAAGAAAAGCGCAAAUAUUUGAGAUUUGUAUGAAUAUUUGCGAGUGUGUGAGCGUGUGCGUGUGUGUACAUUUUAAUAUGUUGUAUAUUUAAUGAUGAGCACUUAUGAGGAGAGCUAGCUGUAUCGUGGUGAUUUUAUUCUGUAUUUAAUUCACUAUUUGGUGGGGGGGGGGGGAUAAGGUUCUAAGCUUAUGUGUAUCUAAAGUUUCAAUAAUUCAUAAGCAGAUGUUUUC